ACGUGACGCUGCAGGUCGAGAUGACAUUGUGUUUAGGUCAACUGACGACAGAAGGGCGGAUAUAGACGGCUGGCCAGUGAGCCAGUUUCCGACGGUCCGCGUCCCACCACCCAACCGCUCGGGUUCUCACAUCAGCUGAACGUGCCGAGACGCCGGGCUAGGUUGUCGAUCACUACAUUCACUCUCAUCUCCCUGCCACUGAUGUCCACCCAAAGACUCUGUUGCUCUGCCCCGCACGUCCUCUGCGGGGCAUGUCAUACCCUAGCUCCAGCCGUCCAGGCCGAGACAAUCAAUACACCAACCUAGCACACGAGCGCUGGCCCUCUGACCCAGCCCUCUGUUGGUUCCGAAGCCCGGAGACCCCACUCGGGUCACCGCAUGGUACACUUUCAAUCCGACAGAUGCACCUCGGUCGACACCUGGCCCCACGUGCCCCGCAAUGGCGCAAUCGCAGCAGAGCGGGCAUGACCGUCGCCCCGUCCCGUCGCCGUUUCACCGAAGUAAUAUUCCCGUUCGUUUGGUCCACGUGCCGUGCAAUGUCCAACGCCUCGCGCCGUCGAACGGGAAUCUUGACCGGAACGCCAACGAUCCGCGCCACCGAACGGGAAGAAUCACAAGUGCGAACGGGAAGAAUCGAUGCGUUGCUCAUCGCCUUCUUAUAUUUGCUCGCCUGCGCGCCGCACAAGCCGUCGCAGUCGCCGAGUGCGCCGAGUAUCUUUGCAUGCCCGAGAUGUUCGUCCCCAUCCCCGCUCUCCAUCGCUGUCUACCUCGCCGCACUGUUUGCUGAUUCUACUCAAAGUUGCUAGAGCUGAGCAGUCAGCGUUCGCAGUGGCGGGUGCCGACAGGCACGCACUUUGCACAUGUGCUAUUCACCGUAACUCACUUCAUCUGCGCUUGGUCGGAGGGUAAUCGGGGCACACUAGCCCGGCGGGAAGGUACUCCGGCAUGUCGAUGCCGGAAAUCAGCUUUGACGGCGAAAUCGCCGGUUUGUUGAUAACCCAGGGUCAAACUAACUCGGGCUUGUGAGCUCGAGGUCUCGCGGGCUCGCGGCGUUGGCUGACGGCGGCACUAUGGUCGCUGAUCGCCAG